AUGGUCCGGAGCAGUGAAUUAACCAGACGAAAAAGUAGUCGGAUCCGGAAGACGAAGCGAACAUACAGUCCAUCCGCUGACAAUGAUCCACCAUCUGAUGUCCCAUCUACAUCGAGAAUUCGAAAAGAACCUCACAGUGUUCCUUUGGGCAUCUCUAAAGUAUUGUCCAAUACAAGCGCGAAAGAGGUUGUGAAUGAUAAGGAACAUGGUAGUAUAGCGCUGAAUCAUAACUCUUUUUGGAAUUUUGCUACUACGUUGAGUUACCCGAUCGUACAUGAGAAAAUGGCUAAUGAUAAAGUGAUUACGCUACUACUGGAAGAAGUAUCCAGAGCAAUUCGUCAACUAAUUUCUGGAGCGAAACUUGCAAUGGAACAAGCCGGAAGACAAAAGCUUUUGUGUGAUGACUUAAAUACAUCUAUCGGAAUGGAAGAAGGGAAGUUGUUGUUCGGUUUCGUAGAAGAUAAUAAAUGGCAAAAGAUUGGUGAUGUAUUUGUGCCCAGUGAUGAAGUUCUUGACCUGAGAUUCUGCUCUUCAAGUGUUAAGCUCGAAACAGUGGCAGAUAGCUAA